AUGGGCCGCCCAGCAGCAGCCGAGCCGCCCAGCCGCAGCCGAGCCGCCCAGCAGCAGCUGAGCCGCCCAGCAGCAGCCGCGCCGCCCAGCAGCAGCCGAGCCGCCCAGCCGCAGCCGAGCCGCCCAGCAGCAGCCGAGCCGCCCAGCCGCAGCCGAGCCGCCCAGCAGCAGCUGAGCCGCACAGCAGCAGCCGAGCCGCCCAGCAGCAGCCGAGCCGCCCGGUACCCGUGCCGCCCGAGCCGCCCGACCCAGCCCGAGCUGCCUGCUGCUGUCCUACCCGACUCUCCUAGCCCGGUGAGACUUUCAGCUGCUGCCAUGGCCACCCCCAAUGUUCUUACUUUUGACGCUGAGGGGAGGGCCAUUGACUUUGCCGUCUGGAUUGAAGACCCGCAGCUGUACUUACUGUGUGAUGCGAUAGAUGAGGUCUCUCUCUUUGACUUUGUCUCUGGCACUGUCCCUGCCCCGCCUGCUGAUGCUGACUCUGCUGCUCGCUCCAAGUGGGCGACCCGCGAUGCUGCUGCACGUCUUGCUGUGCGUCGCCACCUCCCUUCCUCUAAGCGUGCCCACUUUAGUCAGUGCAAGACCGCUCAGGCCUUGUACGACGCUGUAGUUGCACGCUACUCCUCCCCUUCCUCCGCUACCCUUAGCCGCCUCAUGCUACCGUUUCUCUUCCCUGACCUCGCUUCCUUUCCCACUGUUGCUGACCUCGUUACCCACCUCCGCGCUAGUGACACCCGCUACCGCGCUGCCCUUCCUGCUGAGUUCCGCGCUGCCAACCCUCCUCCCAUGUACAUCACUCUCUACUUUCUCGUCACCCGUCUCCCUGAGUCCCUUCGUGUCGUUAGGGACCAGUUUCUCUCUGUCUGUCCCACCACUCUCACUGUCGACCUCCUUGAGGAGUCCCUGCUAGCGGCUGAGAAGAGUAUUGUCGCUGUAGGGGCCUCUCGGGCCUCUGCCGCUGCGGCCGACCUCGCUGGUUUUGAGUCGGUCGGCGCGGCGUCUGCCCCCAGCGGCAGACGCCGCUCUGGCAAGGGCAAGGGGGGCAAGGGAGCGGGUGGAGCUAGAGGGGGCGGUGGAGGAGGCGGUGGGGGUGGAGGGGGGAGUGGGGGUGGCGGUGGGGGUGGUGGCGGGAGUGGAGGUACUGGUGGCGGCGGUGGAGGCGGAGGUGGCGGUGGAGGUGGUAGCGGAGGAGGCGGUGGGAGCGGUGGGAGCGACGGUCCUGGUGGGGGAGGUGGCGGUGGAGACGGGGGUGGCGGUGGAGGCGGGGGUGGCGGUGGAGGCGGGGGUCGGAGUGGCUCGUCCCAGCGGAGCAGCUCUGGGGGUGGUCAGCGCCAGCAGCAGCAGCAGCAGCAGCAGCAGCACCAGCAGCCGCAGCAGCAGCAGCGCUCUCGCACCGUCCCCGGCCCUCAGCAGCUCCGUGAGUGGUACUAG